GAGCAUUUGCUUGGUGGCUUUGGUGGGGCAUGCUGCACCGUAAACGCGAUUGCUUUUCUUCGAUUGUGCGUGGUUCGUCGUACACGGAAGCGCAACGAUGCCUGGCUGUUCUUGCGCACCAAACUGCAAGUCCAAUUAUGACGGAGGACAAAGUGUCCGAGUGCACAAGUUCCCAUCUGACCGAGCCACUCGGGAAGCCUGGAUGAGAGCAGUUCGUCGGCAGGACUUCUCGCCAACGAAGUACACAGUGCUCUGUGAAAAGCAUUUCUUGCCAUCGGAUUACUUGAAGACGACAUCUUACACGGACGUCAAGACAGGAAAAGUGGUCGAAGUUGCCAUGAAAAACAUCCGUCUGAAGAAAACUGCAGUUCCGAGCUUGUUUCCCAAUUGCCCUGCCUAUUUAUCGCGUCCGCAAGUGUGCGUUCGAGAAGCGCCGGCUGCCAAAAGAGCGCGCUUGGAAGCCACAUAUUUGAACAAAGCAAUAAUGCUUUCUCAGCAAACCCAAGCAGAAGAGGACGCCAAAAAUCUGGUUGGUAGCUUUGCGGACUUGCUGAAGGCCUUGCCAAGGUUUCAGUGUUCGGACUUCUGGACAGUUUUGAACAAGGGCUCCAAGGUUUUCUUUUUGUACUGGUCACUUCAAUCUGCUCCUGCAGUCCGUACUUCGGUGAUCGUGUCCACAGACCUGCGCGUCGAAGUAUUUUUUGGUGAAACGGGUGUGAGGAAGUGUGGUGAUGUUUUAGUUCCUGAAAAGCUGUGCGACUUGAGAGAUUUGAAAAGUGUGUUACACAUGAUCGAACAGACACGUAAGGUUAUCAGCACUGAGCGUUCUCAAAAGACCCGUCAUCUACUGACAUUGGUUUCGACAUUGCUAGAGGAAGUAAGUGGAAAACAUUUAGCAUGCGAGUUGCAAGAAUGGCAUUUGGAAGUGCUUAAAUUCUUGAAGAGUCAAGUUGACCUUGUUUUGAAUGAUGCUGGCCGAUAUCCCCCCGAUUUAUUGGUUUUUGCUAGCCUUUUGUUCACAAUUUCACCUCAUGCAUAUAGAUUCCUAAGGAGUUCGAUGAAGCUUAAGAUGCCGCAUCCUGAUACGAUCAGAAGACUGUGUUCAUCGUACGAUGUACGCCCUGAAACGGAGCAGCAAGAAUGUAGCUUUCUUUCCUAUGCAAAGCGUAUUGCAAGCACAUAUAAAGAGCAUCAGAAGACUGUAACGUUAAUGAUUGAUGAGAUUCACCUUCAAGCAUUUUUUGAUUACAAGGUUGGGUUGGUUACUGGUGCUGCGGUAAAUUCAUCGACUGCAGCAAAAACUGCCCACGUAUUUAUGAUACAGAGCCUGCUUUAUUCAAACAAGGAUGUUGUACACAUCUUUCCUGUGGCACAAAUCGAUGCUAAGGCGCUGCACGACUUCCUUCGGAAGAUUGUUCUUGAUCUAGAGGCAUCAGGUUUUCGAAUAAUCGCAGUGAUCUCGGACAAUAACUCCAUAAACAGAAAAGCCAUGUCCUACUUCGCUAAGCCGGCAAGUGUCAGCAUUGUUUACCAGCAUCCUGCUGACCCAUCACGACUCCUGUUUUUUGUGGUGGACCCAGUUCACAUACUAAAGUGUAUAAGAAAUAACUGGCUGAAUCAAAGAAACAUUGGCAAAUGCAUGUACUUUCCUGAACCGAAGAGUGAUGAGGCUGAACCAAAGAUACUUACAGCAUCUUUCAAGGUAUUAUGCCAGCUGCACGAAGCUGAAAAGCAGGAGCUCUUGAAGCUAGCACCAACGCUCACUUUGAAGGCACUGAACUCCUCAAACAUGGAACGGCAGAAUGUUAAACUGGCCUUAAAGAUUUUUAACUCAUCUACUGUUGCUGCCCUCAGUGUUGCAACGCUCCAGCAUGCAAAAGAAACCUCUCAAUAUGUCGACACCAUUUUGACUUGGUGGAACAUUGUUAACGUCAAGACGCCAAGAAAAGGACAGCGGUUGCGAGAUCAAUUGCAAGGUCCAAUAGUUUCAGCGUCAUGUCCUCAACUAGAAUUCUUAGAUAGAAUAAUUCAAUGGCUUGAUCACUGGAGAAGCCUUCAACAUGACAAUGGCCGCUUGACACGUGAAACGCACAUAGCUUUCAGCCACACUACCCAUGCCUUGCACGAACUAGCCAUAUACUGUCUCAAAGAGCUUCAUUUCGAGUAUGUUCUUUUGGGCAAAUUUCAAACUGAUAGCUUAGAGGAUCGCUUUGGAAAGUACCGGCAAUUGUCUGGUGCCAAUCACCACGUGUUUAUAAGGCAGAUAUAUGAAUCUGAAAAAAAAUUGCGUUUGCAGAAGGUUCUGGACCUGCCAGAUUUGGACAUUUUACUACCACCGAGCGCGAACACGUUGGAGACAAGUGUACAUUCAGGAAACGGCCAGUUUCAAGUCACUGUGACCGACUCCGACAUUGAGAAAAAAACGUCAAGGCUACCCACUAACCUAUGUUGCCGGCUAUUGUGCCCAUGCAGCUCUAAAAAAGCUGACAUGCGCAUCUUGCAGUGAAAGCCUUGUGAUGGAAGACGUCGAUUUAGAUGACCCUGAGAAUGCAUUAAUCGCGAAGAUGACAAGGGGUGGCCUGAAGUUUCCACGAGCAGUUGUAGUUAAUGCUGUACUUUUUACUGAAAUUACAUUGGACAAGCUCAGGACACCAGAAUAUGCCGUACGAUUUUUCAGCCUUCCUAGGCAGAAAGAUACUCUUGUCGGCCUUGUGUUCGCUACCCUUCAUGACUUUGAGGAUGUCGAUGUGUGUGAUUUCAGUCAUCCUGCACAGGCGGUAAUGGGGCAUGUUGUAAGUGCUGCAGCGAAUACACUGCUGAACAACUUGUGCCGCACAGAAAACGACAAAUUACGCAACGCCAAGAACGACUGAAAACUGCAGACCUUGAAGGCCUGAAAUGUUUCUCAUUAUUUAUUUUUUAUUCAUGAAGCUCUGUUUUGUUGAACAUCUACGUAUGUUUGUGUUGACAGAACUCUUGUAAAAAGAAACCUGUGGCGUAGCUAGGACUUAUUUGCCUACAUUAUCAAAAUUUAAACCCUGCAUUUUGGCCAAUUCAAAUGUUAUUUGAGUGCAUUGUGCUACCUGUUUAUGAUUCGAACUCUCCAUGCUACCGCAAUCCAUUAAUUGCAUGUUUUCCUUUAGGACUGAGAGUAGGCCUCUCGUUUUUUACUUACUUUUCACCAUUAUCUCAGUAUUUUAUGAAGACCAAUAAGGCCUGCAAACAAGGCGGGUGGAAAUAAAAUAACCACAAGAAAUGGUACAACAAAGACGGAAGCUUAUUCUAUUUGAGAAUUAGUUGUGCGUGACCCUAUAAUAAUAAAAUUUUAACAAUAAAAUGAACCUCGAUAUUCGUGUGUCCAGCGAGGACUGUUUUACGCAAUGCAAGAGUGAGAAUGAUAAUUGUAUAUGGAAGAUUUAAAAUGUUUGUUUCUGAAUGCAGUUCUUAUCAUUUGUGAAUAAAGUAUAUUCUGUGUCUUCAA